UCAGCAAAAAACCUGAAGAACAUAUCAGAGCUCUUUUAUUAUGCACAGAAAGCUGUUCUUCAUCCUACAGGGCCCCUGUACUGCCCAGAGGAGAAGGAGAUGAAACCAGCCUGUAUAAAAGCACUUACCCGUAUAUUUAAAAUAUCUGAUCAAGAUAAUGAUGGUACUCUCAAUGAUGCUGAACUCAACUUCUUUCAGAGAAUUUGUUUCAACACUCCAUUAGCUCCUCAAGCUCUGGAAGAUGUCAAGAACGUAGUCAGAAAACAUAUAAGUGAUGGCGUAGCUGACAGUGGAUUGACACUGAAAGGUUUUCUCUUUUUACACACACUUUUUAUCCAGAGAGGGAGACAUGAGACUACUUGGACUGUGCUUCGACGAUUUGGUUACGAUGAUGAUCUGGAUUUGACACCUGAAUAUUUAUUUCCCCUGCUAAAAAUACCUCCUGAUUGCACUACUGAAUUAAAUCAUCAUGCGUAUUUGUUUCUCCAAAGCACCUUUGACAAGCAUGAUUUGGAUAGAGACUGUGCUUUGUCACCUGAUGAGCUUAAAGAUUUAUUUAAAGUUUUCCCUUACAUACCCUGGGGGCCAGAUGUGAAUAACACAGUCUGUACGAAUGACAGAGGCUGGAUAACCUACCAGGGAUUCCUUUCCCAGUGGACGCUUACAACCUAUUUAGAUGUACAGCGGUGCCUGGAGUAUUUGGGCUAUCUAGGCUAUUCAAUAUUGACUGAACAGGAGUCUCAAGCUUCAGCCAUUACGGUAACAAGAGAUAAAAAGAUAGACCUACAGAAAAAACAGACUCAAAGAAAUGUGUUCAGAUGUAAUGUAAUUGGAAUGAAGAACUGUGGGAAAAGUGGAGUUCUUCAGGCUCUUCUUGGAAGAAACUUAGCGAGGCAGAAAAAAAUUCGUGAUGACCAUAAAUCCUACUAUGCUAUUAAUACUGUUUAUGUAUACGGACAAGAGAAAUACUUAUUGUUGCAUGAUAUCUCAGAAUCGGAAUUUCUAACUGAGGCGGAGAUCAUUUGUGAUGUUGUGUGCCUGGUAUAUGAUGUCAGUAAUCCCAAAUCCUUUGAAUACUGUGCCAGGAUUUUUAAGCAACACUUUAUGGACAGCAGAAUACCCUGCUUGAUUAUUGCUGCAAAGUCAGACCUGCAUGAAGUUAAACAAGAAUACAGUAUUUCACCGACUGAUUUCUGCAGGAAACACAAAAUGCCUCCACCACAAGCCUUCACUUGCAGUACUGCUGAUGCACCCAGUAAGGAUAUCUUUGUUAAAUUGACAACAAUGGCCAUGUACCCAGAGGAUCAUUACAGAGACAGACUCACCCGAGCCAUGGGCAACACUGAUAGAAUAGAGAAUUUGAGAAAAAUCUGGGUCUUUCUAAAAACUGCUUUGCAUGUGACACAAGCUGACCUCAAGAGCUCCACGUUUUGGCUUCGAGCAAGUUUUGGUGCUACUGUUUUUGCUGUUUUGGGCUUUGCUAUGUACAAAGCAUUAUUGAAACAGCGAUGAUUAAAAAAAUACUGGCCCUACAAAAACAAAUACUUUUAUGUAUAUUCUGAAUGCUUUAAAUUCUGUUAGAAAUAUUGAGAUAUUUAUACAUGCAGAGUUACUUUAUUAAUAUUUGUAAUUCAUGCAUAAGAGUAUUUUAAUGAUAGCUAUAACUGCAGUAUUGGCUAGCAUAUAGAAAGAAAACAGCUUAACAGCCAAACUAAAAUGGCUAAAUUUCAGAGGCCAAAAAGGGAAUAUUUUGUAAAUAAUGUACAUAUUUCAGGCAAGAUAUGGUCUCCCAAACUGAGUUCUAGAAAUAGUGUUUCUAGAUGUUUCUACAUGGUAUUGUUAGUGCUCAUGUGGCUCACUCUUCUGGGUUUAAGUCAGCCCAGAGAUUGUAUUUACUCAUAGAUCACUUAUUUAUUUCACAUUUAUUCAGAAUGAUCCUUUGGGUUCUGUAAGUACACGAGGCACAAUUUGCCAUUUUCUCUCCAUUUUUAAAAACACACGAGUCAGAGUCAGCUUACCAACACAACUUUCAGUCACUUCUAGUAGGCCAGCCUCGAAGCCAUUGUGCAGUCUAGAAAAUUGUACAGCUGAGUGUGCAGCUCUCCUUUAAGGAAGAAGUAAGGUAAAAGCAGUUAGAGGUGUUACCUAUGUGAUUAUGUUGCUUUGUCUGUCAGUAUGUUCAAUUUUAUAGUCCUUUCAAUCAAAUGAGAAAAACAAUUUGUAUAUUAUCAAUGUUUUUAGUUUAAAUAAACAGUCACCCUUACUACUGUUAAAUCUCCUCCCAAAGUGUGAAUCAUUCUAUAAUGGCUCUGUCUAUUAUAGUGUAUUACAGUAGCUGCAUGUGUCAUGAAGUGUUCUAUAUCUGGCUAGGAUAACCUAAAGGCAGCACUUUUUUAAAUGAUAAAAUAAAUAAUGAUUAUAAUCUCAUUAUAAACCUAUUUUUUCCAUCAUUGACCUUUUCACGUAUUUAAAUAAAUAACUGCUGUGUACUGUGA